AUGGACACUAAACUUGUAAUCGAUAAGUUGGGACAAAAACCGAGAUAUAAUCCUGGAGGAACAUCAGCACUGUCGAUGUUACGUAGCAAUUCAAAACCCUUAUCAUCCGCAGUUCAAAGCAAUCAACAUUCAUCACAACUCACCUUAGCAGAAUCUGACAAACAAAUUAUGAAAAUAACUCCAUUUGGCAUGAGGAAUCCAACGCUGUGUCCCACGGCUUCUACGCAAUUGAACGUGCAAACAAUGGAAAACGACGUUAUAAGGUUACAUGUUAACGUAGUCGAACACCUACCCAAUGAAUUGAAGGUCGUGGAUAUACCAAGAGAAAUUCAAUUUCAAGAAUUAACAAAUCACUGGAAGAAACCCGGUGUAUUGAUUGGAGCCGAUCACUUCCUUAAGUUUAUCAAAUUGCAGAACGUACAGGAAUUGAGUUCAGGUCAUAUGUUGGUGCAGUCAAAGGUUGGCCCCAUGAUUGCCGGAAGUGGAGAUAACCAGAAAAUUUUUGGAGAUUAG